GUAAAUCCUUAGAUUGAGUCAAUAGGUGUGUCAGUCAGGGGGAGUAGAGUCUAAGUGGUGAGGAGUGGAACCGCAUCUGGUUGUGCACCUUUCACCAUGGUUGACACCCGUAGUGGGAAGAGUACUGCCCCCUCCGAGGCUGAGCAGGCUCAGAUUGCAGCCCUUCCGAGAGAGAGAAAGGAGAAGAAAGAGCUCCUUAAGCAGGCGAAGUUAAAGGCCAUUGCAGAGGAGCAGGCGGCGAAGAAGAAGAGAUUGGAGGAAGAGAUGUUGAGAUUUCAAAAGGAGAAGAUGUUGCAGAUACAACGAGAGGAGGAGGAAAGAAGAAGGGCUGCAGAGGAAGAAGCCGCAGCAGAAGAGGAAGAAGAAGAAGAGGAAGAGCCCCUUGAAAGAAGGCGCGGGGAAGAGAGAGAGGAAGCAAGUGGCAGGAAGGAGGAAGACAGAUGGAGGGAAAAAAAAAUUAGUAAACGGGUGGUUAAUUUAUCAUUGGGAGAAGAUGAAGAAGCACAGUUAUAUGUUCCGCAGGAGGAGAGGGAGGCGUUUGCCAGGGCCCUGGAGCUGAUAGAGGAUCCCCUGGAACGCCAAGCGACAGAGGAUGAGAAGAAGUUGGAGUGGAAGUUGAAGAUGAUGAGAGAAAAGAAGAGGAGGGAGGAAGCCAAUAGAAUAGCCGGGGAGGUUGAGCGAGGGCGAACCUGCAGGCAGGAGCUGCAGGCCCAAACAAAGAUCCCUGCUAAGUUAGAUAAGAUGAUGGGCUUCUUGGAAGUUAUGAGUGAGGCCUGGCUGGAGGAGCACCAGGCCCGUAAGGGUCAAGAGGUAACCCUGCAGGCAAUGCGAUCCGGGUUCAGAGAGUUUGCGAGCGACGUGGUGACCCACGCCGGGACCAAAAUUAGAAGACUGAGGGAUGGCGUAGACAAGUUUUGCACAGGCGCUAUUGAGACCGCCAAAGUUGUGGCCUCAACAGAGGUCGCAGUGCGCCCUCGCAAAGAGCCAGUCAAGUUAAAAUUCCCCGACUCGAAUACCGGGAAGAAGGAAGAAAGUUUUGACAACCGGGAGCCAGUGUCAAUACUUAUGUCGACAUUUCAGCGAUGUAUGAACGAUUUGUUUAGGCCUUGGUUAGAUAGAUUUGACGUAGGGUAUCUAGACGACAUCUUAGUCUUCAGUAGGACCCUCCAAGAGCACCAGGGUCAUUUGAGGCAGGUCUUGGAGAAGCUGAGAGAAGUUGACUUCAAGAUCAAUGCGAAGAAGUGCGAGUGGGCCAAGACACAAGUUCUGUACUUGGGCCACGUGUUAGACGGAGAUGGCAUUAAGCCUGAGGACAGUACCUUGAAGACGAAGCUGGAGCUAUGGCGCCACAGGUACCUCGAGGAUGGAGCUAGAGCUAUGGCGCCACAGGUAAGUCACCCUGUGAAGUGGCGCCCUGCUGCAGGUACCUUGAAGACGAAGUUGGAGCUAUGGUGCCACAUGUACCUUGAAGACAAAGCUGGAGCUAUGGUGCCACAGGAUCGCGAGGACUUGGCGGAGGUGCUGAAGGUGGGACUCGAAGGUGGGGCUGAAGACAAGGAUGUCAUCAAGGUAGACAACGACACAGACUUCGAGGAGGUUGCGGAAGAUGUGGUUCAUGGUGGAUUGGAAGGUAGCGGGGGCAUUGGAAGUGAUGGAGGUGGUGUCUUCGGGGGUGAUGUGGUGGAAAAAGCGGGUGCGGGAGGUGCCGGGGGGGGCCUGGUGGUGGGGGUGGAGGAGUCGAUCGUGGUGGAGCAUGCGAGAGAGGAGGUCAGCAAGGGGCAUGUCGGGUUCAUGGGCGAGGGCCGUUGCAAGGUCUUUGUGGCAUACUCGUUUGAUGCGGGAGAUGAACGCACAGUCGGGAAUGACGGUGUGGGGGAGGCGGUGUCGGAGGGAGCGGACGUAUUGGACGAAGUGGUCCGUGGGACCGGUCUAGCGGAGGUGGCAGAAUUGUUCAAGGUAGUCGUCAAUGGUUUUCUGGGGGCGGAAGGUGGCAGUGAGGAGGGUGGCCCAUUGGAGGAAGGUGGGGCGUGGUCCUCUGGAGGCUCGGCGGUUGCUAGCUUCAGCCAUCCACCAUUUGGCUGCAUUGCCGAGGAGGCGGGAGGUGGCAAUGGGGAGCCAGUGGGCAAGGGGCAUGUGGUGGAGCUGAAAAGAGUUCUGAAGYUGGGGUCGUUUGGGGAGGUAUUCAGAGGGAUAUGGCGUGGAACAGAGGUUGCGAUCAAGGUGCUCCUUGAGCAGGAUCUGACACAGGAGAAUACGGAUGACUUCUGCAAUGAGAUAUCAUUGCUAAGGAAAAUGGCUGAUCAAGUCGCUCAGCAGCAGCCACAGGUGGAAGUAGUAAUGAAGGCAGAGGGUGAGCAGCCUGCUACCUCCACUCCUACCACUCCUCUGACUGCUACUCAGCGAAGGAAGAAGGAGAUUCAGGAAAGGUUGCAGCAGGAACAGGCCCUGCUUGACGAGUUGGAGAGACAGGAGGCAGCCGAGCUAGAGGCUGCAACAGAUGCUUCGCGACAGGAGUAUCUGUUGGAGCAGCUAGGCAAGGCUGUAUCUGAUGAGCGUUGUGCACAGGUGACUAGGAAUCUGGCGGAAUGGGCCAUUCUGGAACACAAAACCACCAGUUCCUAUUUCACUAAUUGGGACGACCACAUAGGUCGUCUGAAGCAUAGGGUGGAUAACCUGGCAGCUCGGCAGUCCAAGAUCCUGACAGCAAUCCAGGAUCUGACUGCUCAGCUGACAGCAGCCAAACUGAUUGCUCCCCUGUCUCCUGUCCUCUCAGCGAAACCUAAACCUUCCUCUUCUCCCUCUUCCACCGACUUUGGAUCACGUCAUUCUUCCCCUUCACCACCUCCUUCCCACAAAGCCACAGCCAAGCCAUCUUAUGCAUCUGUUGCUGCACGAGACCAGAGAGGCCCCAAGAUCCCAGCUCCCGACAAGUUCAGAGGGGAUGACCCAAAGACCGAUGUUGAUGACUGGGCUGCUGGGACCAAAGCCUACUUGAGGGGCUUUGUCUGUGCAGAACAGACUAAGACAGAGAUGCACCGCAUCUUCAGGCCUUACCUGGACAAGUUCACGGUUGUCUACCUGGAUGACAUCCUGGCAUUCAGCAGAACUGCCAAGGAACAUGCGGAGCACUUGGCUCUAGUCCUUCAGUCGUUACGCGACAGCCAGUAUAAGAUUAACAGAGAGAAGUCAUCCUUUGGAGUUCCCUCUGUCAUCUAUCUGGGUCACGUUAUCUCUGGAGAUGGCCUGGCUCCUGAAGUAGCCAAGAUUGCUGUUAUUCAGGAGUGGCCACAGCCACAGACAGUGAGGGAUGUCAGGUCCUUCAUGGGUUUAGCCUCGUACUACAAAAAGUUUGUCAGGAACUUUUCUGCAGUGGCUGCACCCCUGACCAACCUAACAAAGAAAGACACUCCUUUUCUUUGGUCCCUUCCCUGUCAGUUGGCCUUCACACGACUCAAGAAGGCCUUGACUCGUGCACCAGUGCUGAAGUUGCCUGACCCCACUUUGCCAUUUAUCCUGACCACUGACACUAGUCAGUAUGACAUUGGGGCAGUUCUUCAGCAGGAUGAUGGGAAUGGUCUACGGCCUGUAGAGUUUAUGAAUCAGCAGGACUGGGAUCUCCACUUGGCUCGAGCACAGCUUGUGUAUAACAUGUCUGUCCAUUCCUCGACUGGGUUCAGUCCAUAUCGGUUGCACUGGGGACGUGAACCACGACAGCCUCUCGAUGAUAUCAUCGAUAAGUCCAAGUCAGAUCUGACUCCAGGCACCGCAGAGUUCACCAGACACUACCGCAUAGAUGUGGAAAGAGCACAGACGAACUUGUUCAAGGCCCAGAAGGCCAUGAUUGAACAAGCUAACCACAACAGGCGGCCUUCCCCCAUCCGCACUGGUGAUUAUGUCUGGGUAGCGAGCUCUGAGCUGUCGAGGAAAGAGGAUAUCUCCCCCAAGUUGUUGCCUCGUUACCUGGGUCCAUGGCAGGUCUUAGAUACAGUGGGCAUUGAACCCUUUGGCCCGUCCUAUGUCAUUGACAUCCCGUUGCAUCUACGAACCUACCCGGUCUUUCAUGCAUCCAAGUUGUUGCCGUUUACCCCAGCUGAUGCAUUCCCUGACCGGCCCCCUCAGUUUGGUCCACCGAUCCCUGGCAAGGGAUAUGACGUGGAAUGGAUUGAGGAUGAGUGGGGCACAGGCCCCGAUCGGCAGUAUCUUGUGAGGUUCGCAUUCCAGCUUCCUUCUGAGAACAGAUGGUUCUAUGGAAGGGAACUUCUCAAGACAACAGAGUCAUUUGUUCUACGAUAUGAAGCGGCUCAGAAGGCCUUAGAGGACCUUCAAGGUGAGUGGUCGGCAAGGGACCCUCGUGAGUCCUGGGUGGCACUGAGUAGAGGUCCUAGAGGGGAGCACUUCGUUGUGGAAGUUGAUGUGGGUGGUAGCAAGUGCGGCACCUUCGUAGACAUUGGCUCCACGCUGAACUUCAUAAACGUUGACAGACUGUGCCUAAAGGACCGGGUGCAGCGCCUUAGUAGACCGGUAGCAUCUACUUUGGCCAACAAAGAGCGCAUGAUGGUGGAGGACUACGUUAAAGAUGUAGUCCGCAUCUUCUCCUACCCAGGAGGAGAGAUCAAUCGUAAGAUAUCAUUCCUGGUGAGCGACGAGUUGCCCUUUGACAUGUUGUUGGGCAUAUACUACCUCGAGGUUGCCAAGCCCCAGUUUGACUGGGACAAGAAGGUGUUGAAGCACGAGUUGCCUAGUGGGAGAACUGUUAGACUGGUGCUGGCUCAGCAGGACGGGAAAAAGUUGAGACCGGUCGAGUACAUAAGCAAAAAGAUGCCAUCAAAGAAGUUGGCAAAAUCCACCUAUGAGAGGGAACUCUAUGCUCUCUACAAGGCACUUGUCCACUGGAGGCACUAUCUGUUAGGAAGGUUCUUCUAUUUGAGAACUGACCAUCAGACCCUCAAGUGGAUCAAGACACAAUCGGUUCUCUCCGAUGCACUUAAACGCUGGAUUGAAGUCAUAGAUCAGUAUGACUUCAAGCUAGACUAUGUGAAGGGAGAGUACAACAAGGUUGGAGAUGCAUUGUCUAGAAGGGCAGAUUACCUGGGUGCGCUGAUUUCUGAGUUUGGCCUAUCUGAGGAUGUAACUCGAUCUUUGGAGGAAGCCUACAAGGAAGAUCCCAUCACGAUGGACAUCAUCAACAAACUACAGGCUAAAGACAAGGCCACCACUGAUGAGUUUGUGAUGGUGGAUGGGCUGCUCUUUCUUGAGAAGGCAGGGUUUAAAAGACUAGUUGUUCCAUCUAGGGAAGAUUUGCGUAGUUUGUUUUUAGGAGAAUGCCACGACGCAACGGGACACUUCGACUAUAAGAAGACUAGUGUUAACCUAGUACAGCGAUUUUGGUGGCCUAAUAUGUUGGACGAUGUAAAGAACACCACCAGCGGCAGUCCUAAUCAACUGCAUCUGGGGUGGAAGCCUAGAUCUGCUCUAGACUUCCUCCUGCUUGAAAACCGAACUGCUGCAACUCCAGGAACCAUUGAAUUUGGUAUAGAGUAUGAGAAACUGACGCAGCAGACUGUCGAACACAUCAAGAAAUCUCAAGAAGUCAUGAUUGCUUCUGAGAACAAACGUCGCCGACAGUCCACAUUUCAGGUAGGGGAACGUGUCUGGGUCAAGGCUACUUUGCUUAUCUCCUCCAUUCUCUUGUUCUUCUCCUUCCACUCCAGGGAGAAGAAGAAGAGAAUGGAGGAGAUAAGCAAAGCUGCGGAAAAAUUGAAGGCUAUAAAAGAACAAAGGGCGCGGAUGGAGGCGCAAGCAGAUAUACAGGGGAAGAUGGAGGUGAUGUCAAGGAAUAUUGAGCUCCUGGCUAAAGCAUGGGAUGAGCAGUAUCAGUUCACUAGGAGCCAGGAUAUAGCCUUGCGAUCAAUUCGAUUGGGAUUUAGAGAGUUUGCGCGUGACAUGAUGAUGCACAUGGGCUCAGAAGCAACGGCGAGGCUAGAGAACAUAGAGCGACUCUGCACGGACGCCAUAGAAGGCGCAAAACUCGUUGCUCCAAGGGAGGAGGAAGCUCGUCCCCGCAGAGAGCCAGUCAAGGUAAAGUUCCUUGACUCUUACAGUGGGAAGGAGGAGGAGAACUUCGAUAAUUGGGAGGUGAAUGUGAACUCCUACGUACACCUGCAAAAGAUAGAGCCUUUGACAAGCUGCAGACCAUUAAUUCCCACCAAUGAAGGAGCGCCAGGGCACUUAAGGGUAGUGACGACGUCUGAAGUAGGCAGAGUUGAUCGUGACGAAGUCCAUGAAGCUGCCGACGACGUCCAUGAUGAGAACUCUAGAAUGUUGUCGAGGAAGAGCCGAAACGUCGACGAGGUGAAGUGGCAAAACUGGAGUGGAUGGAGUACUGAGAAGUCAAAGAUGUGGGAAGAUAAGUCAGUGUCAAUCGUCGUAUCGAGCAGGACGACGACGAGUGCACUGUGGACGCUCAGAAGCAUCCAGCUGCUGCUGAAGGUACCUGGAUUGUUGGAUAACGAGAUCCUCUACAUGUACUCACGAGCAUUGCCCGAGCCCAUUCGUGGACAGCUCGUGGCAGAGUCAAAGUCUGGUAAGUACAAUUAUCAGCAGAUCCGCGAUCUUGCUCUGCAAAGAGAGCAGAUGACCACGCAAGUCAAAGAGGAUGAAUCUUCUUCCGCCCGUCGUCCAGACCACCCUGACAAAGUACUUUGUUCCGUCUCACUGGACGAUUCCCUUGACAAGCGCGACAAUGAACUGAUAGCACUACGGAGUUCGUGGGCGAAGAAAGCAAAGUCUAAGGGUGAGUUGAUGAUCGUGGAUAUUGAGAUUGCGCACACGCGAGUAGGUGCUCUGUUAGAUCCGGGAUCGACGCGGUCUUAUAUCUCAGAGAAGGCAAUUCGUAAGUUGCAUAUGGAAAUGAAGUUAAAGGAUUUACUUAGACCUAUCACGUCUAUACUGGCUGACAAGAGCACGAUCACCGUCUCUCAAUACGUCGAUCGUGUUAAGUGCUAUUUCAGGACGAAGGAAGUAAUCCUCUUUCUUGGAGCUUGUACGAAGCCUCCUCACUUGUCCAUGGUCACGGAGUACAUGCAUAUGGGAUCCCUUUACUAUCUGAUCCACACAAGCGGGCAAGGUCCGCGAUUGAGCUGGAGACGAAGAUUGAAGAUGCUUCGUGACAUAUGCAGGGGUAUGAUGUGUGUAAAUCGCAUGAACAUAGUUCAUCGAGACCUCAAGAGCGCAAAUUGCUUGGUGGAUAAGCACUGGUCAGUGAAGGUCUGUGACUUUGGUCUUUCCAAAGUCACAACCGGAGAGCCAAUAUCUGGGAAAACAGCAGCGGGGACACCGGAGUGGAUGGCACCCGAGCUGCUCAGAAGUGAGGCUGUCACUGAGAAGUGUGACGUUUUCAGUUUUGGGGUCAUUAUGUGGGAACUCACGACUCUCAAACGCCCUUGGGAGGGUUAUAAGCCAAUGCAGGUGGAGGAGGAGAAGCGGGAGGAGCAUGAGGACGAGCGGGAGAAGGAGCCGCAGGAGGAACGGGGGAAAGAGCAGGGGAAGCAGCGGGAGAAGGAGCAGCAGCAGGGGGGAGAGCGGGAGGAGGAGGAGGAGGAGAGGGAGGAGCAGCAGGAGAACGAGCGGGAGCGGGGCUAUGGCGGGAUCUUUGUCAUGUUGUUUGGCGGAGGAGUGGGAGGGGGAGGAGGGGUGGGAGGAGCGGGAGAAGGAGCGAGAGGAGGCGUGGGAGAAGGAGCGAGGAAGGAGCGGGAGCGGGGAAGGAGCGGGAGCGGGGCUAUGGCGAGGGAAGAGGAGCGGGAGGAGGGGGAGGAGGAACCAGGGGAAAAGCAGGAGAAGCGGCGGAAGGAGGAUGAGCAGCAGGAGGAGCGAGAGGAGCAGCAACAGAGGGAGCGGGAGAAGGAGAGGGAGAACGAGCGGGAGAAGGAGCGGGAGCGGGGCUAUGGCGGGAUCUUUGUCAUGUUGUUUGGUGGAGGAGCGGGAGGAGGAGGAGGAGCGGGAGGAGGAGCGGGAGGAGGAGUGGGAGAAGGAGAGGGAGAAGGAGGGGGAGGGGACAGGGGAUGGGGUUGCAUCUCACAGCCCCUUUCUCCAAAGGUACCCGAGCUAAUGAAGAACGCAAAAAAUGUUCCUCAUUCAGAGAAGGGUGGCAGAGCGAUCCAGCUGAAGCACGGGAUCGAAGAGGGCUUUUCAAAUUGGAAAGUGGGGAGGAAGACGAAGGUGGAAGUGAAGUAUGAAGAAGCCAGAAGGUGCCUGAAUGAGCGAAAGGCGGUAGCAGGAGAAUCGAGGAUGAAGUACUGCAGACUUAGCCUUAUCGAUGAUAUCAUCGAGAGGCUGUCGUGGUUCACGUCCCCAGUGCAAACGGUAGUGUGUGCUGUUGGUUACGAGAAUGCACGCCUGGAGAUUCCCAAUUGUGUUCUGGGAAAGUUGAUCGGUGAUUGCUGGAAGGAAAACCCAGCAGAACGACCGAGCUAUGAAGACAUCCUGAGGCGGCUUCACAGGGAUCAGUGUGGUUGUAAUUAUGAUGGCAGUUUACUAUUGCAAUGGAUGACGAUCUUGAAAAGGCAGAUGGUGAGAUGGAUGGCAAACUUAAGAAUGAGAGGAUGGGACUGUCAUAUGAUGGUACCACUUGGAUCUGGUGGUGGUGAUGGUGAUGGUGAUGGUGAUGGUGCUGGUGCUCAGCCCUUGCAUUGCUGCGGAGGUUUGAGGAGCUGGCAUGCGAACGACUGCCGUUGUAGAACGGCCAAGGCUGAUGAUGUGAUGGCAGAAUCGGUUGAGCUUCUGCUCUAAGACAGGCAUUCAAGUUUCGACUGGCAUGGCCUGUUGAGAGGGGGAACUGGGUGGAGAUAAAACAAGGCAGGCGUUUCAGACUGAUGUAGCCCGUUGAGAGGGGGGACUGCAAAGGACGCAUGCAUGAGGAGGGGCCAUAAAUAGGUGGCAAAUGUGGUGGCUUAUAUCUGAAGCUUCACCCUUGAAGGCCGUAGGCAUGAGCAUAGUAGGCAAGGGUUCUGCCAGACAUGCGAAGUUGAUUAAACCACCAGUUCACUCGAGCCAAAGUCGUGGCUUUGCCGGUAUAUGUGGUAAGACUGUUCCGCUUCGGACCUGGGCCGGAAGCAAAAACGGCAGGCCACUUUGAAAAGGUGCUGUUGCAGAUUGCGAGCCUUGGAUUUGUCAACUUAGGUUCGUUCAAACUGGUGGUUUAAGGCCAGCCAGCCAGCCAUGUAAAACAAUGGAAGAAGACGUGGACUUGUGUGUUCCAAGGUAAACGGCAGAAGUGCUGCAAGUUGUCCAGCAACAUAUUCAGCAGAUCUAAGGACACAUUCACACCAGGGCUUUCUCUACUAAGCUCUUGACUUGAUUGCGGACACAUACAUUUACAAACGUGCCAGUGUGAAUAUGCCCUAAUUCUAUCUGUUGUUGACUUGGUAUCCGGUCAGGAUCAAAGGAUAGUUGGGUCUUGCAAUGUCUGCAACCACCAGGUUACAAAGAGGAAGGUUUUUGCCACGCAAGACAAGUCAGCUUAGGCCCUAAAGAAAUGGAAGAGUGGCAGAGGACAUGGAUUAAGUAUCGGAUGACCGUUGGAUCCCGCCAGGGCCACAAUCACAAAGAAGGAAGAGAGGCAGAGGAAAUGGACUUAGCAACAGCAUCAGAAGGCAGUUGGGUCGUGCAAAGGCUGCAAUCACCAGCAUAGAAAGAGAAGGUUGUGCCACACAUGACAAGUCAUCUUAGGCCCUGAAAAUUUGGAAGAGGCAGAGGACAUGGACUCAGCAUCGGAUGCUGUUGCAUCCUGCGAGGGCCACAAUCACAAACAAGGAACGAAAGGAGAGGAAAUAGACUCAGCACCAGAAAGCAGUUGGCUUCUCCGAGGACCAGAGAACAUGGACUAGGCAUCAGAUGACCGUUGGAUCCGGCAAGGGCUUCAUUAGAAAACAGCUGGGUUCUGCACGGAGCAGACGACAUGGACUAAGCAUCAGACGACCGUUGGGUCCUGCAAAGGCCACAAUCACAAACAAGGAAAGAGGGCAGAGAAAAUGGACUUAGCAUCAGAAAACAGCUGGGUUCCCCAAGGACUAGAGGACAUGGACUAAAAGCAUCAGAGGACCGUUGCCACAAUCAGAGGAAAUGGGCUUGGCAUUCAUUAGAAAAAAGUUGGGUUCUCCAAGGGGGACCACCAUCACAACAGAUGAAAGCAGGAGGAGGGCACUGACUUGGCAUCAAAAGACAGUUGGGUUCUGCAAGGGGUGCAGUCACCGACGAGGAAAGAAGGCAGAGGACACGGACUUCACAUGGGUCCUGCAACAGUAGCAAGCGGAGACAAAAUAAAGAAGGGUUGACCCUGCAACAGUUGCAAUCGGAACAAAAGAAAGAAGGGUACAAACAUCAGAUAGGGCAAAGUUGUAUCAGCCGUUACUCACAGUGAAUACAACAAUGCACAUGAAGACACCGCACAGACGUGGUCCACCACCCCUCGGCCUGUCACUGCUCAAGUGAUGUCUUAGCUCUCUAUGCAGUGUCGACUUCAAAAGCUCACCUCACGCUCAAUCCGUUGUCCUUCUGAGCUACAUCCAGAUCUCUCCAUUCUACUCGUUGGAUCGAGGUGAGGAGCUGCUCUGCGCCUGCUGGAUAGCAUACACCUA